UUCCAUUUCAUUUCCCACACGAAAACUGAACACAGUUGCAGGCCACAGUGCAAAGUCGGAAAAUAUGAAGCUUUUUUGUCAGGUUUUCAUCCUUCUGUGUCUCGCAAGCGUUGCUUUUGGGGUGUUUAGCAAACAAAUUGCAUUUUAUGGUGACGAUUUUGUUUCAUUUGACUUGAACACGAUGCCUUGGUUUGCGCACAGGCCAAAGAUAAUCAUGAAACACAUCAUCAACUUUCGCUUUAUGACUGUUCACCCAAAUGGAAUGCUGAUUUACAUGGGCGGUGAGGAGGAAAAGAGCGAUUUUAUAAUGAUAAAUCUUGUACACGGAAAGUUAAGGUAUGAAAUGUUUAAUUAACAAUGUUUAUUUUAAUGAAAGUUUUGACAAAACAACGAUGGAGGUCGGUCACCGUAGACGUACAAGGAAAUUAGUUAACAGUAGACUCGCGAGAUGUUCGUAAAUAGACAAAAAGUGUUAAAAAUGCUCAAAAUUUGAAGUAAAAAAAACAUGAUCAAAUAGUAGUGCUGUGAUGUGAACAACUAACGCGUUUUGAACUUGUUUCUUGACCAUGAAUGUAGAUUUUUGCAUUAAGUGGUCUGCCCCCGCUAGAGCUCAAAGUUCAUAUUUGUACCCAAUUUUCGACUUAAUAACAGGUUAUUUCACAGAGCUGUAAAGAGCACCAUCUGUGCUCGGUUUAGCAUUGAUUAACCAAACUAGGAUCCUGGUCUUUCUUUUUAUCCUGAUUUUACACAUUAAUGUUUAUGUUUCUAAAGGCACGGUUAUGUUCCCUCUUUCGCUAUAUACGAGAAACCUCAAUCCUAGUGCUUUUCAAUUUUCAGUCAUUAUCAGAAAUUGAAUGUAAACCAGAAUUUUCAUGACCUUGCAUUUAUGAAGCUUUUUAAAAGCAUUUUGGUCAUAAAUUUUUUGUGGUCUUCAAGUUUGACAAUACCGCGUGAAAUAAUGUUAUUAAACCUUGGUGCUAAAGUAAUUUUGUACUGCUAAUACUAAAACGUUCAAUUGACAAAAUUGAGCAAAGUACCUUUGCUAAUACCUUGAAGAGAGAAAGAUAGUUUACCUUGAGGAAAGGAAGGUUGCUUGCUCGGUUUUUUGUUUUGUUUUGUAAACUGUUUGUGUGUGGGUUGGGGGUUGGGGGCCCGGGGGGGGGGGUACUUUAGAAAUUUCUGGGUGGGGAUGUGCCGCUGGUACCCUGGAACCCUUAACCUAUACCAGAGCUAGUUCAGCUGAAUUUUGCCACCCUAUACUAGAGUAAACUCCCCAAAUCCCCCCUAUCCUAGAGUAGCUGUUUUCCAUAAACUACUGAGGUCACUAGCAUAGUCUAGCCAAAACAAGCUGAGUUGUGUAAAUUUCAAAUUUCAAAUUUGAUUUUUUUAUAUGUUUGAGUGGCAAUUCCCCGUUUCCCUACUCCAGAUAAAAUCUUCAACCAACUGAUCAGUUUCCUGAAAAAUGAUACCCUAUUCUAGACCCAAACACUCUGAUUUAUAUACCCUAUCCCAGAGUAAACUGCUUGAAAACCAUACCCUUCACAGCGGCACAUACCUAUAUAGCCCAUAUAUGGCAGUGCCCCCCCCGGGGUUGGGGGGGGGGUGUUGCAUCGGCGACUUUUCUUGAUGGUCAGAUCUAACUGAAGACCUGGGAGAGGCUGGGAUUUGUAGGAAAAGACACUUUGAAGCAUUGUAAUGAGACAAAAAAGUCAGAAUCGGGGCUCUAACUGUGGUCAAAAAAUAUACAACACAGCUGGGUGCUUACGUAGUUACAUAGUAAGACUGUCCUAACUCUUUACUGAUUAGUGCUUCUGUUCAGCGGCCGCGACGAAUUCGAAACUGGACUCUUGUAUCACUACGCUUUACAAAAAGCAGACUAUCCAGUCCAUACAUUGAUAGACAUUGAGCAAGAAACUGAACAACUUGAAUGAUCUACUAUCACUGUUUCCUAGUAUUUUGAGAAAUUGUCACAGGGGGCGUUUAUUCGAGAGGGGAUGUUUAUUAGAGAGAGGCGUCUAACUUAAAGGCGUUACCUAAUGGGCGUUUAUUAAACAAGAGGCGUUACUUGAGAGAGGGCGUUUAUUACACUUUAUGCUUUUUACUACAUUGGUAAUCCUGUGGUGUUUGGCCUUUCUCCUGCAGAGUCACAGUAAACCUUGGUGACAACAAUCCUUCCCAAGUAGGGGAUCUCUGGAUAGACAACCUUUCUGAUAAUACUUGGUACAUGGCAUUGGUAGCUCUAGAUGGACGUAACUUAAGAGUAAAGAUUGAUAAAAAGAAUUAUUUGCUUAAGCUGAAAAGUGAACACACCAGGUUGGAUAUAGAGGGCUUGACGUAUAUCGCAGGACUAACCACAGGCAUGACCAACAAUCUGCGAGAGUAUAAGCCUUCGCCACCCUUCAAGGGCUGCAUUGAAGCUGUAAGCUACAGCGACAGAAGAAUUUUUCCCAGAGAAAACAAAAACAGGAAGCUCUUAAAGGGAUAUACAAAGCACGGCUCCCCCAAAGUCCUUGGCUCGCGAUCCACGUGCAGACGUCUGAAAUUGAAGACGCUAAGCUUUGGAUACCCUGAAGCAUAUCUCAAGUUCGCCUCGUCGGGUAGAAUCAACCUGAACGUACGGUUCCACUUUCGCACGUAUUUGGCAAACCAGAUUUUAGUAUCGAAGGGUAAUGAACUUGGGCGAUUUUCUUUCGUCCAUGUUUCUAUGGUUAAAGGAAAAGUAUUUCUUAAAGUGAGGACAUCUCUUGGCGGUAUUGUACAACCGCUUUACUCUAAAAAGCAAUUGAAUGACGGUUAUUGGCACGAUCUGUCAGUUGUUGUGAAUGAGACAUUGAUAAAGCUAGCUGUUGAUAACGAAGCGCCGUUGGUGCAUUUUAAUCCGAGCCUGAAUCAAUCUGUUAACGAAGAAGAGGACCUGACCAUGUUCAUUGGCUUCGCUCGAAAGGCAACUAUGCCAUCCUUCAUCGGUUGUAUUUAUGGUUUAAGUGUCGACGGCGAAAAUAUUGUUUUCACUAAAAUAAGCCCGACAAGCAAGUCCGGUGCGCUGCAUAACUUCUGCUACCUUUCAAGCCCUUGUUUCCCUAAUCCCUGCUUACAUCAUGGUAAAUGCAUCGAAACACGGUCUGGUGGAUUUAACUGUGACUGUCAAAGCACGUUUUACAGAGGGCGCUUUUGCGAAAAACCCAUUUAUCGAAGGACCUGCCAGGACUACAAAGAUCUUGGUCUAUCUGGUGACGCCAACUGUAUAGUGGAUUUAGACGCUGGAGGUCCCUUGAAACCAAUUACGGUCCUGUGUAAUGUUACGGAACAAGGGAAUGCCGUUACAAUUGUCGGGCAUAACAAAAUUGGUCUUCAGAGGGUGAAUGCAACGAAAAUGUUCUUUCCAAAAAGAGGCUAUUUUCACUCUGUGAGAUACCCAUCGCCGAUGAAGGAGAUCAGAGCUUUGAUCAACCGGAGCGAGCUAUGCGUUCAGUAUGUUGGCUUCAAGUGUUUUGGUUCCAAAUUGCUGCAGUCAGCAAUAGGCCCACAUCAGGUUACGUUUAAAGGAAUAAGGUCGUAUAUAGCGCCUGAAAACUGGCCAGACCCGUCUUCAGGCAACAACAACUGCUCGUGUAGAGUAAACGGAACAUGCGCACUUCCUGAAAUGUCUUGUUACUGCGAUAUUGGAGACGAAACCUGGAGAGAAUAUGAAGGUAUGAAACCUUUUGUUAUUUUGUUAUAUUUGAGUUUUAAUUCGUGACAGGGGAACAAAAAGGACAAUGCAUAGGCAGAAUUGAAAGGCGGAAGCAGAAGGGGACCUUGUUCAAUUACUAGUACAAGUAGCAAAAAGCAGGUGGUAUUAGAGAGCUUAAACUUCACGUAUACGGCAAACGGCAAACGGCAGAUCCAAGCUGAGAAUUUCUCAAAACAGAAAAUGAGCAGACAAAACAAGCUCAAAACAAUUCGCAUGGAUAAAAAAUUUCUGAAAGCUUCUAAUUUAUGUGUAGAAAUAAUGAACAGUGAACGACAAGUAAAGGGGAAACUUGGUCACGUGGUACAAAUUCACGUUUGCCGUUUGACGUAAACAUGAUGCUUAACCUCUUAAUUAGGUAAACUUUUCUCCUGAUAGCGCUUAAUAUGGCGUUGCUGUGCAAGUUUAAAAGUGUGCCGCAACCGCUGCAUGUAGUGUUGCUAAAAGGCCGGCCCGUUUCAUGGUUACACAACUCAAUUGCAGUGAGAAUUAAUUCGGCAUGGCACUGAACCAAACGAUGUACUUAUCAUCAUUUUUUAUGAGCUGAAAAUCUUCUCUUCUUGGUUGUCCUAUGAUAAAAUCCAAUUCCGAUUUUGCUUUUUGAAAGGUUACGUCACCGACAAGUCCGCCAUGCCAAUCACCGUGGUUGAGUUUUUAGAAUCAGCUUCCCAGUCGUAUUUCACCGUGGGACCUUUAACGUGCUAUGGGACAUCAACCAACUAUGCCAAUAACAGUUCAGAAAAUACGACACGCGAGUUGCAACACGAAGCAGCGCGCUAUUUCAAGUCCUUGUGCUUUGCGAUCAACCCCACUACGGACGCUAACGUCCAACCUCGUUCCAGUGUCCCACAACCACAUCGUAUUCCGAUAUUUACGAGAAGUCAAGCUAAAUUUUCAAUAGGAAUGACCGCUUCAGUUGAUUCAACUGGUACAUUAGCAUCAACCACUGUGAAAGCCACAACGAAGAUCCAAAAGUCGAAGGAAAUUCCUGUCCAUACAAGUACCCUUCCGACUGUUUUCAAUGAAGAAGUGAUCCAAACUGUUUUUGAUGAUGGCGGUUUGGCAGAAGCUACUGCAAGCAGCACUGUUUUGCAGUUUUCCACGGAGAAAUCUAACUCGGACCCUCCAUUAAACAAAACCCAAACCUUAGGCGGGUCGCCGAACGGUAAACCAACAACGGAUGGCCAGAAUUUGACAUUUUCUUGGCAACUUGUGGUGACGGUAAUACUUCUUGCAGUUGUAUCUAUAAUGCUUGUGUCUUUGGUUGUCUACUGUGUCAAGAAACGUGGCAUAAGGUGCACAUCAGCUGGGUUCCGCUGUUUAAAGAAGGCUGAAAAGACUGACGAUCACGGCUUUGUUGAAAUGAGGCCAGGAUCACAGGCUCGAAAAUCGGAAUCACUUGAUCCGCGUCGAUCUAUCGCAGCUGGUGGUUAUAAUGUGAGGGCAGGCAUUAUUCUCUAUGGUACUCAUGAGAAAUUUUGAACAACUCAAGGAGCGAACCAGGAAGGUAUUGGUCAUAACGAAUCGACAACAAUAUUUCAUGGUCUGUAUUCUUAUCGACCAUAGAAAUGACGUCAAUGUGUUCAAAACUUUGCAGUGGAAGCACGCUUCGCAGUCGAGUGGUUUUACUGUAAAGUUUUGAAAAUGUUGACGUCAUUUCUUUGGUCGAUAGGAGUGCAGCCCAUGAAAAAUUGUUGUCGAUUUGUAUUGUACAUGAUAACAUUGACAGGUUUGAUGUCAAUUUUCCUUGCCUCUGUUCUCAUAUCAAACAUAGCUCUCGACCAAACAGCGCGCGAAAAAUCGCUCAGUUAUUGUAAAGUUCAAAAUUGCACCCGAGACUGAUUUGGGAUUCUGUAGGAUUGUACUAUGCAGGGCAGAAAAAAAAACUGAAAUCCGGCUGCCCAGUAGGCAAGUAAAUUUCAUUUUUCACAUGCCCCAUUUAAAUAUUACUUGCGCAACGAGAACACAAUGCCUUAUUAUCUAUUGUUCUAGGUCACUGUCCUUAAUAAGUUUUAGUUUAUCGAAAAUUGUGUAAGUUAACUAGUAAUACUACUGGAUUUGACGAAUAUGGUGAAUGGAGGAGUAACGGGAGCAAGCAAAUGUACACUUGGAUUUUAAACUAAUUCGUGUUUCGGCAACUAAUCGUACUGUCACUCAUCUUGCAGUCUUCAAUUUGAGCCUUCAGUAUGGAUAUCAUUUACCGAGCUGACUCACAUAAGGACCACUAAGGCUAAAUACACUUGCCCAUUGGGCCACCAAACCGACGUAUAUUUUUACUUGCCCAAGGUCAAAAUUUACUCAGUUGCCCCGGGCAAUCGGACUUAGGUUUUUUUCUGCCUUGCUAUGGGACUGUGUUGGGGGAUAAAAUGUAGUCGUAUUACUUGAGAAGACCGCUGGCUUCCCCCAAACAGUCCCAUAAUACAAUUCGACUCAUCACCGACUCAGUCUCACGCGUAGCUUCAAAAUCAGCAAAUUUGCCAUUUUAGAAACGAGAAGGAAACUGGGCCGAGUUUACUUGCGCAAAGACUUCUGGGACUUUAACCAGAGACAAGGGAAAAAAUUGGCCAUUUUGGCGCGUCUCCAGUAACGGUCCAAGUAACAAUGGCGUGACGCAUUUCGACUUCAGAUCCCUUAUAGUUUCUAAAAGAAAACUGCUUAAUUCCUUAUAGCCUGCGAAAACAUCCGUUUCUCCUCGCUCUUCGCCGCUGGGGACGUUUCGCGAGGAGGAACGUCUGCGACUCAGCGACAUAAAUUUCAUACUGAUGACGCAAAUCAAUGUUUACAUAAUGAAUCCGGUAGUCAUGGGGUUCUAAAUAUAAAUGUGUCCAAUUUUGCGUGUCUCCUGGUCGAUUUUGGUGAAGUGUUGUGUUCGUCUGCCAACGAGCUCCAGCAAGACUCAAAUGCUUCUUCUAGAUACUGGGACUAUAUUCCACAAAUAUUGACUGUUUACUAGAGAUUCUUCGCGUUUACAUUUGACCUUUGUGGCCUUCUGUCUUUUGUCUAUCAUUCGUAAACAAUAGCUAAAACAAUGUAACUACUCCGUCGACCAAUCAGCGCUUCUGACCGAAUUCCGGACAGAUUUUACGUCAUGAGUAUGGAAUUUCUGUCUCUAAGUCGCAGACGCUCCUCGCGAAACGUCCGCAGCGGCGGAGAGCGAGGAGAAACGGAUGUUUUCGCAGGCUAAAUUCCUUAGCGUAGCCUAGAAGUGUUUCUUUUGAAAAGGUUACCUGGAAGCGCAAUACAUUAUCAUGUCAAAACUUGAGGGAAUCAUUUUAGAGUUUGAUAAGUAAGAAGGCUAACUAUCAGGAGAAUUUUUUAAUGUUAAAUAUGCAUCGGUAAGAAGUCACACUAAUCUUUGACUCUUCCUCGACAGCUUGAUCUCAAAUGAUGACAAGAAAGGAAGAUUUACGUUGUGUUGGUAGAAUAUUUAACCACUUCAUUAGUGAAAAAGUAGAUGCAUUCAUUUUAAGUUCGUAAUGCCUAGACUAACUUCUUGGCGGGGAAGGCUGAGGUUGUUAUGCUAAUCAGACGCAGAAAAAAAUUCUGAAGAACGGAAAGAAAAAAAUUCUUUCUUCUGCUCGAUGCCCACCCUCAUCCCCUUCACAAGCAGUAACAUUCAGUUACUGAUGAGUACCUUGCAUACUUUGCAAACGUUAUGUAUGCAAUAAAUUUCUCAUAUUCCUGUUUUGACGAGACCAAAACCCCAUUCCCAGUGUCUCCCUUCUCACUGUGUCAAAGAGACCCUGGGAACAAGGUUGGGUAAGACCGCUGAAUGAAGGACUGAUUCCCGCUGGAUUUUCCAAUUAUAAUGUUCAUAUUAUAGUGGUAACAUUACCCUAACUCAAGUAAGGACAAGAAGGAUUUAUGCUUCGAAAGUAUCUUUGUAACUUUAGUUUCCUGUUUUACAAUUUUUUGAACGAGAUUGGUUAUAAAUGAUAUCGAUCUGUACGAGGCUCCUUUCAAGAAUUGUUUAGUCG